AUGCGGAGGUUAAAGCUGCGGAAACCCGGAAGUAAACAUUGUGCGUGACAACAGGGCAUCUAACAUGCGCUUAAGCAUUUAUAAAAUGUGCAAUAAAAACAAUUUUGCUUAGGGUAGUUAUGCACAUUAAAACGCAAGAAUUAAGGCAAAGACCGAAUUGAAAAUGUAAGAUUUUUACAAACUCAUUAAUGUAACAUUUUAAUGCACACAAUGUUUAUAAUAUUGUUUUAGAAUAUAUAUCGGAUCUCUAUGUAUGUACAAAUAAUGUAAAUAUAUUUUUGUUUUUCAAAUAUAAGUAGAUAUACCUUUCUAAGUAUUUUACAUCAGGCAUUAGCAAAGACACCUCAUGGGGCUUCCCAAAAUCACCCUACAACUACAGCGUUCACCAACCCGCAGCAUCGGCUGGACAAGAAAAACAAAAGUACCACAUAAAUCCACUAUUUGUCUCUGUUUUGUCGUCGGGGACAUGACUACCACUCCUUCAGGACCAGUGUUCCAAAACAAGGCCCGAGUACAGAUCCUGGCCGAGUUGGAGAAAGAGAGGGAGCGGCUGAUGCAGAAUCAGUCCAGCACUCCUGGAGCCAGCAUUUCAAUAGCCCGUCACAACAUGAAGGACUUCCGGGAUAGUGCAGAGCAGCAGCAUAUUGUUGCCCAGCAGAAAGCGGCCUUGCAGCACGCACACGCACACUCGUCAGGCUUCUUCAUCACUCAGGACUCGUCAUUUGGUAACCUGAUCCUCCCUGUGCUUCCACGCCUGGAGCCAGAGUCAUGACCCCUGAGUCACCCUGUUCCAAGAUUCCUUUUCAAGAUCUUACAAAUGCGGGCACAUGUAUCCUGGCAACAAUCUGGAGUUGGAAUACAUUGCAGUUAUUUGGCAAAGAAAAAAAAAACAUCCCAAUAAUUUUUAACACUGGGAUUUUAUGAUGUAUACUGUGUAUGCAUAUAUUGGUGCAUGAUUUUGUCUUUCUUAAUUGCAUUAUUUUUGAUGCUGUUUAUAAAAUAAAAUAUUAAAACGGAA